AUGUCAUCCUCAAUGACGAGUGGCAACUCUUCGGAUUCGUCGUCCUUCAUUGAUUAUGCUUCUCUUUUUCAUCAUCAAUGUAUGCUCGCCCAGGAAAUUCCUCCACUCCAACAACAACCACAAAACUUCUCCUCCGAUUCUAAUUUCCAACCACAAUAUUUCACACCACCAACUUCUGACCCAACCACCACCACUACUACAACGACUUCCUUCUUAUUGGAUGAUCCUCUUUCCCAAAAUUUUUCCAUCUCUUCUCAUCAUCCUCAUGAAUUUCUUCGAAUCGGAGAUUGUAUUUCACUGUGCACUGAUUUAUCAUCGGGAGGAACCUCCGCAGCUGGUUUUUUGAGUGUGGAUGGAAUUAAUUUAACUUGUUCGGAAUCCAUCAAGGGAAAUAAGCAAUAUGUUCGAUGUGGAUUGAUUGAAGCAACUCCAUAUGGAUCCUCUCGAAACAAUAUUACAUCGAGCAACACUUCAAAUUCGUCUUCUUCCUCGUUUCAACAACAAAACGGCAACUCACAAUUCUUUGUUCCAAAUUUUGAGCAAUGUGUCUUUCAAAUUUGUCAUCCGAAAAGUUAUUCAGCACGAAAAGGUUUCUAUCAAUUCAAAGAAAAUUUAGAAAUUAAAUUAGCUUUAGGAAAAAAGAAACCACACAACGAUGCAUCGAAUUCGUCUGAAAUUUCUUCACAACUUCAUCAAUUGGAACAACGUAUGGAACGUGAAGUUCAACAAAACAAAUUGGAAGCUGAGAGGAAUUUAGGUCGACCAGUUCUGUACGGACAAGCUGUACAAUUAUUUCACAUGCAGACCCAGAGCUAUUUAACAGUGGCGAGAGAGUCUGCAGAAAUGCAAAAAGAUUGCAUGAGACUUGGAUUAGAUAAGGAAGGUUCUCCUUACUCGUAUUUUGAAAUUUUGCCUUACUCAAGUUUUCAAAAGGAUGGAGAGAAUGUAAAACUCUCGGAUCAAAUUCGUCUGUUUAACAGAAAAUCAAAUCAAUUUAUUCACUUGUCCUAUUAUAGAUUCAACAUGAGUGACGAGGAAUCGGGUGUGAUUCAUCAUCACCACCAAAAUGAAACUGUUUCAUAUUCAGAAAUUGCUUUAGCAGCUGUCAAGUCAUCGAAAAAUAAGAACAAGUAUUCGUAUGAUACUCGCAGAGAAGUGAAUGUUUCGAAUAGUACCGCUUUCACAAGAUGGAGAUUGAGAUUAUUCUCCUCGUAUGCUCAUUCAUCGAGUACGAAUGUGAUGAAUGAAAGAUAUUUGAAAGUGGGCGACGUGAUUCGAAUUUUCCACAAAGAAUUAGAUGGCUAUUUGACUGUGAAUGAUCAGACAGGUCGUGUGAAAUUACUAAAAAAACCUGUGAAUAUGCUUGAAUCGGGCUUUAAUAAGGAUGAUUUGGACAUGACCUCUCGACAAAAUUCGUCAAAUGUUUCAGGCAGUGGCUCCAAUGGUAGCGAUCAUGCUUCUUCCUCCUCAGGAAAUAAUUACCUCACAGUUCAAACAUUAUGGAGAAUUGAAUAUUUGGAUCCAACUUGUUCCUCAAUUGUGAAAUGGUCGUCUCUCUUUCGUUUAAGACAUAUUGCCUCUGGUAAAUACAUGAUCAUUCGACCCAUUCGAGGAAUUACUCUAGAAACCGAUGAUACUAUUGAGGAGAGGUUCGAAAAAGAUUUAACUCUUUCCAAUGAUACAAGUGUGACAGUUCAAGCCACUCCUCGAAGAGGUUCCACCCUUCAUUCCAUGGCCACACCAAGAACGUCACGUGCUGGAGGAUUGGCUUCCAUGGUGCAAGACAAUUUAUGGACUGUUCAUGUUGAGAGUUAUGAUCACGUGUUAUCUCAAGAAUUUCUAUGCAGUAUUUUCCAAUUCACAGAUUCUACAGGUGGAAAAAAAAGACCUAGCUCUCAUUCCACCUAUCAGAGAGUGACUUGUACCACUAAAAUGUUUGAACAAGAUGUAUUCCAUUUCAGUAAGGUUUCACAGUCUGAAUUGGAUGACGUGUUGACAGUAUCGAGCUACAUUCCAAUUAUGACUUAUUUCAAGUCCAAGUUACACGAUGAUUUGAUCGAAAAGUCAGACAUCAAGCUCUACAUCAAUGUCCUCUCGAGUGCUAUUAGAUUUUGCACAAUAAGUGAAGAAACAGAUCCACUUGUGAGAAGUGGCAUUCCAGUAAGAAAUCGACAAAAUAUUAUCAAAGACAUGGGAAUUAUUUCUAUUGUUAUGGAUGUCAUUACCGUCUUGUUGAAAAAACACAUUACUAUUGAAGAUUUAGUAAUGAUCAACGAGAAGCCUGAAAAGUUAAUUUAUUUUGACAUUAUUCAAUAUUCAUUCCGUUUAGUGAGGCAAGCCGUGAUUGGAAACGAAUCAAAUGGUUUAUAUAUGGCUCAAUAUAUCAACUUUAUCCAGACUUUGAUUGAGCAUAGCAUUAGCGCGAGCGAGGCCUUGUUAGAAAUUCUCUCCAACAACUAUGCCUUGUUAAAUAUGAUCACCAAUGAUCAAAUUGAUUUCUUUGUCAAGUUACUCUAUGACAUCCCAACAAGCGGUACACUUUCAAAAAUUUCUGCCUUAAAAGUAUCGAAGGGGCUCAAGAAAGCUGUUUACUUAUCCUUCUUGACCAGCUUAAUUAUUUGUGAAGGAAAAACAGUUUUCAAGAAUCAGAGAUAUAUCAGUGAUUUACUUUUUGUGACCUAUAAGGAUCACAUGAGAAAAGUUUUUAUCAUUCCAAAAAUUGGUUACAAUGGAAAGGUUGUAAUUGAAGUGAAUCAUGACGAAAUGGAUCUCAUUAGUUUCACAAAAUCGGCAACCGAUACCAAUUAUCCUGGAUAUUCGAGACCCAACUAUGAACAACUUAUCUUUUUCCAAGAAGAAAUUAAAUUAUUUGCUGCAUUAUGUACAGGAAGAAACGAAGACAUUGAAAGUACGCGAAAAUCAGUAGUCUCACUCUUCAGCUAUGAAGUGGUGUGCAAAUGCAUUAGUGAGGAAAAAUUGACACCAGCAAUUCGAACUUCAUUUGUAAAAUUAUUAUUGCAAUGCUUUGUGGACACUGAAAAGAGAGAGACAAGACCUCUCGUUGAAUACACAAGAAAAAUUUCAGCGUUGCACCAAAAAUCACGUGACGAUGUUCCAUCCUCAGAAUUGAAAGAAGUCAAAGAAUUCUUACAGACUUUUUUGAGUGAUAAGGAGAAUUAUGAACUUGAUGUGGCGUUUGACAAGAAGGAUCACAACAUUUUUGUGCUGAGCUUAAUGACGCUCUGUAAGCGAAUGGUUGAAGUUGGUGUUUUAACAAUCGCAGAUUUUGAAGAAGGAUCUCUUGCCAAAGCAUUAUACGACACACUGCGAGGGGAUAAUGACAAGAAAAAUGGUGUUCCUCUCACUGAGGAAGAACAAAUUCUUCAAUCUGAAGAAAACAUUACCGUCAUGAAAAUUAAGGUCGAAAUUGCAAGCAUUUUUCACAUGUUGUUUGAUAUUCUGCUCGAUAAGAGAAUCACCAGUUUCUUACAAUUUUUCUGGAAAAAGUACAGAGAAGAAGAAAUUGAAACUGUUCUCAAGGAUUAUGAUUUUUAUUUGGUCGACACCAAAGAAGCUCAACAAAAAAGAAAGGAAUUUAAAACAGUUGUGCAAGACAUUGACUCGAAAGAGCAUCUCAUGUUACAAGAAGUGUUGAAACCAGAUUUGAUUUUUACUCGAAUGGACAAAUUCGAUAUUCAACUUUUAGCUUUAACUCGAUAUCACAACCAAGAGUUAGCCACCAUAUGCCUGAGUUUAUUGAUUAGAAAAUAUAGAGCAGCUCAAGAACUGUCUGAAGCGUUACCUAAAAUUGAACUCAUUGUUUCAAGAGACAUGGCCAAGUCCUACGAUCAAAUGUCACAACGUAUUGCAGAUCUCAGAUCAGUAUUCGGUUAUGGACAAGGAAAUUACAUUGGCGUUCGAAGAAUCACAGAACAAGAAGAAAAGAAAGUUCUAAAAUCUCUCGAUGAAAUGACAAGCGAUCUUGUCAAAAAUGGCCAUCGAUCUCAAAGAAUUAUCAGAAAUUUAUCUGUUCAAGAUAUUAUCUUUUCCUUCCUUAAAAAAGAUUGGAUUGUCUCAUCUGAAAUUCAAGAAAAAGGAAUUGAAUUGUUAACUUCAUUCGUGAGCAAUAAUUCAGACAAUCAGAAAAUAUUAUUUCCACACAUGCAAUUCUUUAUGGAACUAUUAGGAGAAAAUCGAGUAUUGGAUGGAAAGAUUGUUCGACUCUUGUGUGAAAUGGUUAAAAAUAAUCGAGCUCUUUGUAGCACCAUUGAAGAAAAACACAUCGAGUCCUACAUUGAUGAAAUUGCACAACAGAGAUGUGCUUUCAUGUUAACAUUUUUGCAUGUUCUUUUAGGAACUACUGGUGGAAAUCCAAUCAAGCGUAAUCAAACACUUAUUACCAAGUAUCUCUUGGAGAGAAAGAAGGACGUCAUGGUCCUCUUCAAAGACGAAGAAGGUCUAAGAGAGCGUAACAAUCGUAUCAUGAAAGGAGAGCAUUAUACUGAACCAGAUGGAAUUUUGAAUUAUCACAUUGCCUUGCUUUAUUUAUUGGCAGCUCUUGCGGACGGUAAAAAUCGUGAAAGUGAACAAAAACUUCAAACACUCUUUUCGUAUGAAGAGUUAUUGGAACAAGCAUGUUCGCCAUACACAUUACCUGUUCUGAGAAAUCCUCUAAUGAAAGUGAUUGACGAAAUUUAUCUCAAUGUGGAAAAGCUUUCAGAUGACGAAUCUGGAACCAAGAGCAAAAUUAAUGUCAAUCACCCAUUAUUAUUCAAACUCUUUUCUAAAAUGAUUCGUGAGCUGGAAGUUCUUGAAAUCACCAACACAUUUGGAGUUGACACACCUCCUUCCACAAGUGCCAUGUCACCAACGCACACUCGAACUCCAACGACACCUAGCAAGUUUAUCAGUAAUCCAGCUGCUCUCCUAACGCCAAGCAAAACCAAGUUAACAACAACAAGUGCUAAAAGAAGUUCCAAAACUUACUCGACUGCUGUCACAAAAAUUACACCAAUGGAAGAGGAUCAAGAACUCUAUCGAGUCGAUAAUUACUACUUGUUUGAAGUAAUGAUUCCAUUUAUUAGAGAUUAUUUUCAUCUUCAUUUUCCUCCUCCAAAUGUUUCAAAAGAACAAUUGGAUAUUGCCGAAGAUUUGCUUCUUAAAAUUAUUGAUCUUCACAAGCAUACCAUCAAUCCAGAACAUCGUGAACGAGUUCACAAAUGCAUCACUGCCAUGUUAAAAAAGAGUAUGACUUCUACAAGUCAACGCGCCAUUUCACACUUCUUGUCCAGUAAGGCGUCAAAGGCCAAAAUUCAGAGAAGUCGAAUUCAAACAACUGCAAGUACUGAAAAAGAUGAAAGAAUUCAUGAGACCUACAAGAAAUAUUUGAACACUAGAAUUAUUUCGAAAAUAUUGAAACGAAGUAAUUUUACUGAUUUGGGAUUGCUCUUCUCAAAAUAUGAUGGAUUCAUUAAGGUUCUUGUGAACGUUUUAUUGGAAUUGAAUACUUUAGGUUUUAACAAUACGAAUUUACAAGUUGGAUUGUUUGGCAUGGAAAUUCUGAAAAAUAUUGUCGCUCAACAACACACUGGAUCGAUCUCCAAGUUGGAUUUGGUUGAAAAAAAUGUUCCAGAAGUAGUGAUUGAACUCAUUAAGAGUCCUCAUCAUCGUAUUGUGAAAUCCACAAUUGAACUUGCAAUUUUAAUUCUCAGCGAAGGUGACAUUCAAGUCCAACACCGAAUGAACAAGUUAUUGACCGAAAGUGACUCUUCAGACUUCUUCACAUCCGUUCGAGAUCGAAUUCGUUUAUCCAAACUUGAAAUUAAGGAACGUAAAAACUAUCUGAAAAAGAAGAGAGAAAAAGAAUUUGCACUCUCCAAUCAAAGACAGGCUAAAAAAGAAGACACUACUCAAGAAAUGGAUGGAUCAAGUAACGCGAAUGAAGAUUUUGUUGAAAAAGGAUUUAUUUUCAACAUGAUGGAAUUUUUGAGACUUCUCUGUGAAGGUCACAACACACAAAAUCAGUUACUUCUUCAACAUCAACCUAGAAACAGAACUAGCAUUGAUUUAAUUUCCGAAAUUGUUGAUUAUCUAGUUGCUUUGGAAAAGAAACUCGAUUCUGACAAUGUCGACAUUGCAGUUCAAGGUUUCAAAACUUUGAUUGAAUUUGUUCAAGGACCAGCAGUGUUCAAUCAAGAUCUUGUUGGAACUUCUCGCAAAAUUUAUCCACGUCUCAUUAACGAAAUUAUGUCAAAGUCAUACGAUGACAGCAAGUUGACAAAACAACAAGAAUUAGAAUUGAAGAAACAAAUUACCUUGUUGCUUAUUUCCCUAUUAGAAGGAAGAAACAAAAUAACUCUAGAAUUUAUGAAAGCUUCCAUUCAUUUGGAUGAUUUUGAAAAUUUACUCUUGUACAUUUCUCGAUUAUUUCAAUCUCUUUCUGGAACCAAUAACGACCAUGACGAUUGUGAAGAGUUAAUCGAACUUCAAAAACGAAUGAGAAGAGAUUUUGGAACGCACUAUCUCUAUAACUUUGAUCGUUCUUCGAAAAAUCCCAUUCUUGUCGACGACUAUAUGGAAUCCAAUAUGGAAAUUCUUCGAGUUCAGUUCGAAGAUUUAGGAAUGCAUAUUUUCUUCCUUCUCUCCAUGCUCAAAGACAGUGAAAAUGAACUUCUCGGUAAAGCGAAUACCUCCUUUUCCACCAUGGUUCCAACCAUGGACGAAGAAUAUCGAAAACGUCGAGUCAGUAACUUUUUCCAAAAUUAUUCAAAAGAAGUUUUCUUUUUCCAACAACGUUCUGGAAGUAUUGAAGUGUUGAGAGGCAAUUCCAUUGAAAAAGUUUACUUCCCCAAACCCAGUAUUUGUAAUAACAUUAUUGAUAAGGCAAGAAGUAAUUAUGUGCAAUCGCUUCAUGUGAUGACACCUCAAGAAAAGGUCAGAAAAUUAUAUAAUGACACAUUUAGUCGAUUUUAUGUGGAAAUGUGCCAUUAUGAGAAUAUGAAAAAUCAACAAGUCAUUCCACGUGCUCAUUCGGAUGCAAAUGCAAGUGAUGAAGAAGAUGAAAGUGAUAGUAUUGAAGAAAAUUUUAAUGAAACUGGAGUACUCAUUCCAUCCAUGUCACAUGUCACAGCAAAAGUGCUGCAAAAAAAGAGAAAAAAGAAAAAGACAAACGAAACAAAAACAGCAACUUGGGAGUACAUUGCAAAUUAUUGGGACUAUUUUAGAUUUGCAUUAUUUUUCCUCUCUGUUGCUAUUAAUAUUAUUUUAUUAGCUUCCUAUAAGAGAAUUUAUGCUACUGACACUGUUUCUGGAAUUCCAGUGCCAGGUGACACUUUUGACAUUUUUUCCAGACCCAAAACGACAGCCCCAAGAAGUUUAGCGAGUGAUACUGUGUUAGUUAUAUUUGGAGUGAUUCAGUUGAUUUAUUUAGUGUGCCUCUUCAUUAUUUAUGCAAAAUUGUUCUUAACAUUGGAAGUUAAAAAGAGAUUUAAAUUGAAGAGAAAUGAGACAUGGGAUUCCAUUCCUGUGAAUCGCGAUUUUAUUGUGAAGUGCUUUAUUUACACAUUGAAGGACUCUCAGAUUUGGUUUUUUACGACUUAUAUUAUAGUGUCUGUGUUAGGAUUAUUAAUUCAUCCCAUCUGUUAUUCCAUUCAACUAUUUGAAUGCGUAUUUUUAUUCAAAUCAUUGACCGACGUGUUGAAAUCCGUCACUACUAAUUGGAAGAGAUUAUUUUUCACAGGCAUGCUCUUGUCGAUUGCAUUAUUCUUCUUUGGUACGCUGUACUUUACAUUCUUCUCAAACGAUUUUGUGACAUCCAAAACCAGUGCCAAAACAUGUGAAGACAUGUUGAGCUGUUAUGUGACCAUGUUGGAUUAUGGAUUUAGAGGUGAGAGUUUCUGGGAAGAUAUUUAUCCGGUGAAUAAUAGUGUUCAGAGGGCAAUUCUUGAUUUGGCAUUUCUCUUGUUAGUCGUCGUGUUGUUGACCAACGUUGUGUUUGGUGUCAUUCUUGACUCAUUCGAAGUUCUCAGAAAUGAACGAGAAGACAGAAAGAAGGACAUUAAGGAUCGAUGUUUUAUUUGUGGAUUGGAAAGAACAAAAUUCGAUACAAAAGCAAACGAAGGCAUCACAUUUGAAAAGCAUGUGAAAGAAGAGCACUAUUUGUGGAAUUAUGUCUAUUUUCUAAUUUAUCUCUAUCAAAAGCCAAUUACAGAAUAUACAGGAACAGAGCAAUACAUUUACGAAAGAUGUGAGGACAAUGAUGACAUUAAUAGUUUCUUCCCGAUAUUCAGAUCGCUCUCUUUAGAACAAUCCGAACAUUUACAGCAAACCUUAAAAUCAGCAGCUGUGACAGCCACAAAGGUCGAUCUAUCCACAAUGGAUGCAUCGAAAAAAGUAGGAACCAGAUAG